ACCAAUUUAAUUAUCACAAUUUUUAGACGAUGCAGUUAGAUACAUGAAAUAGAGCUGUCAGUGGUGAGACUGUUAACACGUUUUCUAAGUUAAAAUUAAAACAAAAUAAAGUAAGCCAGAAAUCUUGUAAACAAAUCACAAAACCUUGGUUGUUAUUAAAAGAAAGAAAAAAGUUAUUGAGUAUACAACCCUGAAAUAUUGAAAGAAUUGUUUUAAGAUCCGUGAAGAAUGAACAAUCCACGUCUGGUGGGGGGCCCCACCCAGCGCUCGUAUGGGGCGACGAGUGACAGCACAGUUCCCAGUGUGGGGUUCAGCAGUUCAUCGCACCCCGAAUUGUACGCCCUGGGAGAGAACAUUACCACUAACAUAUACACCAUCAACUCCAGUUUGAAACAGCUGGAUGAGACUCUCAAGGCACUCGGAACUAAAAGAGACAACCAAGGUCUGAGAGAUAAAGUCCAUGUGACUCAGUUGAGUACAAACCAAAUCAUAUCUCAGACUACUCAAGAGCUUCACCGACUGACAGCUCUAAUACGAGGGAAGGAUAAGCAGUUCAAGCUGCAAGUGGAAGCUCUCCGAGACAGGUUCAAGGAGGCAGUCAACUCUUACAGCUCAAAACAAAAACAAGUAGCAGACAAGAUGAAGUUCUGCCUGUUACCAGCGGAGGUGGCCAGUCAAGAAGACGAGGCUCAAGAUUCACAGCCUCAGUCGGAGGAACAGCUUCGACAAUUGCAUCAGCAGCGACUCAUGCAGCAAGACCUGGAAUUCAUCCAUGGGCUGCAGAUAGAACGGCUGCAACGUGUCAAACAGAUAGAGGAGGACGUAUUGGAUGUCAAUGAGGUGAUGAGAGAGCUGGCUGCCAUGGUGGUGGAACAGGAGCAGUCAGUCAAUCUUAUUGAAGAUUCAGUGGAGAACACUUAUCAAAGAGUUGAAGGAGGAAGAGAAAGUCUUGAAAAAGCUGCUGCUUAUCAGAACAAGAGAAGAAGGAGGACUCUGUUCUUAUUCAUAUUUGCUGGAGGGAUUUUUCUGGUGUUUGCUGUUUUAAUUUAUUUUACAUGGCGGUAACUAGGUAUUUUACGACUGUGAUCAAUUUUAAUAUGCAUACUCUGCACUUGUGUGGGCUAAUGUAUACAUUAGACAAUAGUCCCACACAGGCCUCUGUUUGGCUGUCCUACAACUAAGUAUCUAUAAACAUUCUUAUUAUACUAUUUUUGUUUUUAUUCUAUAAGAUUCAUGUUAUGUAUAUAUAUAAGAUCAUGGAUUCUAUCAAGAUUUUAUUUCAAUAAAGACUGCAUGUCAUAAAAUGUUGAAACCAUCACUUAUUUGGAAAAAUAACCUCGCUAAAGCAUAUUUUGAUAAAUACUUUUUUUAAUUAUAUAUAUAUAUAUAUAUGCAUAAAUCCAUGCUUUACUAGGAUUCUUUUUUACAAAACGUCCCAAAACAGUAGAAAAUGAAAACAAAAAUGCAUAUUCCUAAUAUUUUUAAUAACUUUUAUAAACUAUUUUAUUAAUACAACUAUGGGAAUUGAAACACAGUUAAAUCUAUGGAUUGUAUUAUUGUAUUUAAUCUUUACAAGUCUGUUGCCAGUAUGGUUAUUAUUGAUAUUUACAGUAGUUAAUGAUGUCUGGAUACCUCUUGUUUGAUAUGGUGUUUUAAUGAGGAAAGGGAAUUCCAGAUUAAAAAGUAAGGAUCCACUAUGUCUAAUCUCUCUUUUCCAAAGUUUAUCUUUCUAUUUAAACCUACAAAUAUAAUAUUUGUGCCAUGUGAUAAAUUAAGUUUAAUUUCUUGCUGUACCAUCCUGUAUUAUAUGUUUUAUAUAAAUAACUUGUAUUGUAUACUAGGAGUUGUACUAUAAAGGAGUUGUUGUGUUUUAAUGUGUCAGUUUUUAUUUUUACACUUAUGUAUUAAUAAAUUCCAUUAUUAAUCUUAUA